AUGGAUCCCGUCAUCGUCACCGAUGCAACAGCAGCAGCAGCAGCGGCGGCAGUCUCGCAGGAACUCGGACCCCACCAGGAAGCUUCCGUUGACGCUGAUCUCGAUGCACCGGAAUCACCCGUCCAUGUCGAUGUCCAGCAACGGUCUACCGACGGUCUGUUAGCCCGUAUUGAUGACCAGCAGGUCCAGCCCGCGGCCAACCUCGGCCUCGAUUAUCGUGAAGGCGACGCGCCCUUUUCUGAGUGA